AGAUGAUCUAAAUUUUUAGAGGUGUGAAUCAGUCAUUUAUAGAAACAAGUUUUUGUGUCAAAAAAAGUGAACUGAAUAACUUUGUAUACUUACAAUACCAGGCUUGCCUAUAAUGGAUCCCGCCUCAAAGACAUCCAAAAUCUUGCGGACGAAAAAAGCAAAUAGAGGAAGCAAAUCGGACAGUACUUUGGAAAAAACAUCGAAAACAUCAUGUGAAUCAACUUUAGGGCGGCUAGCCCAAAUAGAUCUCGCCAAGUUUUGCCCUAAGAAAAUUUUCUUUAUUUUCUUCGUAGUAGAAGAAAAUGAUGUAACUGCUAAUUUACUUAAAGAAUUAACUGAAGCCAACAAAAUUUUUGAAGAAUUGUCAUCAUUGAAGUUAAUUUCAAGGGACGAGAUAUUCCACUUAUUGGAUGACCAGGGACUGUUUCCAAAUACUUUAAAGUCAUUGCUGGAUAAUGUUGUGGAAAACGUAGAGCUAUCAGAACAAAAUAUUUCGACGUCUUUAGAAGUACAGCUUUUGAAGCUUAAAUUAAUUCAAGUAAUGUAUGAACAAUACGUUAAUGAAGUGAAACGAAAUGAAAAGGAGCGAAAUUUAGAAAAUACUUUAAAUAUUUUAUCAAAGGAGUGCAAGAAGAAACAGAAAAAAGAAGAUAGCCCGACAAAACUUGAAACAGACGAUAAAAAUAAGAAUGUACCAAAGGAAGACUCAAAAAAAAAAGUCAAAAAUGAUAAAACUAAAGAAAACGCUACUGACGAGGAACUAGAUUAUACUAGUAUUCCUUUGCAAAACGAUGGUAUCUCAUAUGAAGAAAAUAUUUUCGAUCAUAUUGGUUUCUAUUGCUUAACAGGAUUUUAUAAUCCUAGCCUUAUAACGGAAUUGAUUGAUCUCGUUAAAGUGCCGGUUUUUGGAAUUGUAAAAUUUUCAUCAAAUCAUGAACUUCCUGCAGAAACGUUACAGUUUUUUUGGAACCAAAUUAAACAAAUGUUUUACUACAACACUUCACUGUAUAAGCUACUAGAAAGUACCAUUUUAAUGGAGUUUAAGUCUGCUAAUAAGGACAAUAUAAUACAAACCCUUGAAAAGUUUGUUUUCACUCUACGCAAGGUUGUAAAUGUACUGCUAAAUUAUCACAACUAUUUACGAAACCUGCAAAUCAACAAAUCUAAAAAUGAAUAUGUUCCAACACCCUUACCUUGUAUGUAUCAAUAUGAAAAAUCUAUGAGGCAUAUCCCCCCCGAGUGUGUUAACGCCGUUCUAAUAUUAGACAGCGUUUUAAAUGAAGUGAUGAAUAAUUUAGAACCCUCUUGCCUAACCACUACCCCAAGUCAAAGCUUAUUAACCAAAAUAUCCAGUAAAUCAAUAAGAUGCUCCGAUCCUAUGUACGAUUUAAAUGCAUUUUCCAUUGAAAGACGGUCGCAAGGAAGCAUAAGCACUGUCGCCAAACCUGUAAAUGACUUUUUGGUAAAUGCAGAAGAUGUUUUAACUAAGAUAUUAAAAUCUUAUAAAAAUAUUGGGCCUAAAAUUGCAGAUAUUAUAGAGAAUUUGUUAAAGCUUCUACCAGUACUUCAAGGGUUAAACGAUUAUGGGCCGCAGGUUGAUGUAUUACAUUUGCAUGAUCUAAAUCCUGCUCAUUCUGAUAACUUUUAUCAAAAAGACGAAUCACUAAAUAAUUUUUUGUACACGUUUUUAUUUAAUAAGUUUUCUCACCAAAUAAAAUUACCAAAUAGAUAUCCUGAAUAUCAAUUAAUGCAAAAUAUAACAGCUUUUGAUAUUAAUAAGUUUUUUAAGAGUUGCCAAAUUGAAACUCAAAAUGAGCCAAUUGAUUCAGAAGAUAAUUUAUAUGACGUAUCCGUUGUGCAUUUCAGGUGGAAGAAUAAACUGGGUCGAAAACAGUUAUUACAAGAAAUUUAUAAAGCAAAUGAUGCAUAUAUGUACGUCGAUAGAAAAUAUUCACCUGAAACUGAUAACUUUUUAGUUGUCUUUUCGGAUAAAUUAGACGAAUUUGGAACUAAUACCAAAUACUUUAAUAUAACUAUACGAACGCCAAUUUGCCUCAGAGAUUUUUGCCGAUAUAUUUUAAUUGAUGAUGCCUCUUGGUUAAAAAAUAAUUUAAUUAAAAUAGAUGAAACUACAUAUAAGCCUGUUAUAGAUGAAGCUUGCCUCGGAGCACAAAAAAUUAAGACACACUUAAAAAUAUUUCAUGAAUACGCCUUUUUACUGGACGAAAAUAUUGCAGAGGAUAUCGAUCAGCAUAUUAUUCAAGUAGAAGGCGAAGAAAUCAGUCUUCCCACUACGUUACCUGAUGUAAAAAGUCCAAAUUUUGUUGAUAUUAUUAAAGAUCUACAAAACAUACCUUCAAAAAAUUCCAUUCGCGAAGAAUGUGAACAGUCAAAUAAUAGUGAGAAGUUAUUAGCCUAUGACCUUGGAAGCAAUAUUUUUAGACUUUCUGGUAAAAUAAUAAGAUUUUCAAGUCAUGACUGUGCGUCAUUGACUAUUGAUAAUACAGGGUUUUUACAACUGCCUGUAAAAUGCAAAUUUAAUGUUUCUAGUGAUGACAAUGUGCUUACGGUUUUUUCGAAUGAAUCACUCGCGUUAUCUUCCGAACCUUACAUAACUUCUUUGCGAUUGAAUGAUGAUACUCGUUUAAGCUUUAUUAUAAAAAAGGUUAUUCCAGCAAACUUAUUAGAAAAGCACGAAUCUACUACAAAAUCAUCUACAAAAGAACAAAUAGAAGAGGCAGACAUCUUUAUUACAACGGCUCAGUCACAAGAUGAUUCCCUAAAUCGAACCAAUGAACCUGAAGUGCAUGACGAUGAGAUUAAAUUACCUGAAGACCCUGAUAAUAAACUUCCUUUAGUUUAUUGUGUUGAUGAAGAUUAUAUCGAGAAUUUGCUUGAAGGUAAGAAUCUUGAUGAAAUUUCCACAAAUGAAAACUAUGAAGAGUUGAUUGAAGCAUUAGUGAAUGCUACUGAAGAAAGCGAUGAAGUUUAUAAAGUUAGUCAAAAAUCUAACUACCUAAAACGUAGGAACAAGGUUUUAAAAGUGCCAAUAGAAACUGCUUUUAAAAAUAUUUUAUCAUUUAAUAAGAUCAUAAAUAGUGAACUUAAACCAUAUAAAAUGUACACCAAACGUUUUGAAACUCCAUAUAAAACUGAAGACAAAUUGGACCGUCCAGUAGAUUUUCGCGUAUGCUUGCCAAAUGGAUUAUACAUAAGAUCUCAUUCUUGUGCUGUAGGUAAACAGGUACUUAUGAUAAAACAAGAGUAUUCUGAUAAGAAACCGGAUAUUGCAGAGGUACAACAUGAAGAAUUUAGAUUAUUCAGUAACCAGGGCUUAAUUCUUAUUAAGAAAAUUAAUGGCAGUAUUACCAUUUAUAAGGCUAAUGGAGAUAUCCUGGAUUUUAAAAAGACUACUGAUGCUUCAACUGAAGUUGAUUCGACCCGCAAAUGCCAUUGCUCCACAAUUGAUGAUUAUAGAAACAAAUUAAUUAGACUAUUGAAGGAUCAAGAAAAUUGUGAUUUUACAACCAGUAGAAGAGCUCACAUUAAAAGUAAGCACAAUCAUAUUUAUGAUAAAAAAAUAUUAAAAUUACUUGAAGAGUUUGAUGUGCCAUAUAUAAAAAAAUCUUUAAUAAAAUUUGAUGGGAGCCGUAUCAAAAUCCAAGGAGAUAAGAUAUCACAAAAACAACUUUAUUACAUGACAUCUCAGCAAGAUUUUUUUACUGGAGAAAUAUUGUUCGAAAGGGACGAUGAUUUUCACAGUAUAUUUGAAAAAAGUGGAUCUCAAAAGUGCAUUUUCCCUGACGGUACCAUAAUUUCGAGUUUUAUUACGGAUCAACUUAUAGAUGAUUAUGUUUUUGUAGAGCUUAGCUAUCAUUAUGAACAUCCUUACUAUGCCACUGUAAAUUUUAACUUUGAUACUACAUUUGAGAUACACUUAAGUAAUAAAACUAUUUUAAAAGAAAACUCUAAUAAAGAUGGAUUUUUUGUAACUAUGCCAAAAUGCGUAUCAGUAUCAGUCACAAAUGAAGAAAUUGUUUUUGAAAAAGGAUGUAAUAAUUGCCAAGGAAAGUUUAAGGCCAGGUUUGAUAUGGAAAAUUUUACGAAUAGGUCAUGGAAGCCAGAAAAUAAGUUUUUAUUAGUAGCUGAUAGUUACGACAAACAGUUGUCUAGUGAUUAUUUAGGAAAUUGCACCAGAAAUUCUUCCUACCUGAAUGGUAGCAUUAAUUUAUACAAAUGUAACCACUUUAUAAAAACAAACUAUAAACAGUGUUUUGUAAUUAAUAAGGAUUUAAGUGGUAUUAGGCUACAUACUAAUGAUCAUGUCAGAUGUGUAAUGAACGAUUUAACUAAUACUCCUAACGCUUUUUUGGAAACUUAUAGUAACUUGUCCAGUGAAACUACUGUAACAGACUGCCGAAUAAAGUAUUAUCGUAGUUUCGCUGAUAGAUUUUAUAAUACUAUCGAAGAUCUUUCAAAGUAUUUGAAAAGAUUCGCCGGUCCGAUGUAUGUUCAUUACACUGAAUUUCGUGUAUUUGAAAGAAUUUACCAAUCAGCAGAUGAAAUUUCCUCGCAUUUGGCAAAUGUCCAGGAAAUAUUCUUUAACAAUGCGUUGGAUAAUAUGGGCGAUACCAGUAUUGCCAGUAAUAUUUCCAAACUAAUCAGUGUUAUGGAAGUGUAUAACAGAACACAUCAGCAAGAAGUUGCUAAGGAUAAAAUCGUUAAGGAAAGUAGAAGAAGAAGACAUUCCCGUGAAGAAAGUGAGAGAAAAUUACAUCUACCUGAGUGCGCUUGUAACCAGGAAAAGUUAACUGUUCAGGAAAAGAUGAUAAAAUUGAAAAAUUCAUGUGCCAUGUAUCGACAAAUCAUACGAAAUAAACAGAUUCCAUCAUAUUUUAAGUCGGCGUUUUGUGAAAUUCUUAAAUAAAUUUAUUUGAAUCAUA